GUGUAUUUUAUGAGGCAGCGGGGAGCACAAAGGCCGGUAGGAGGCGGAAGAUAUAAGGGGCAGGACGCCAUCCCUCUCACACAGACACACAGUCAGUUCCUCAAUAAAAACUUGUGACAGGAGGAGAGUGAGGGCACAGGCGCAAAGCAUGGCGGAAGCUGCCCUGAGACUGGCGCGGAUGCUCGUGGGCUGGUUGGCAUGGAUGGCACUUUUACAGGCUGCUGCCGCCUCUGCUCCUCCUCACAUCGUGUUUGUCCUGGCGGAUGACUUGGGCUGGAAUGAUGUUGGUUUUCACGGUUCUGAGAUCCGAACGCCGACUCUGGACUCUCUCUCUGGGCAGGGGGUGAGGCUGGCGGGAUAUUACACCCAGCCCCUGUGCACCCCGUCCCGUAGCCAACUGCUCAGUGGCAGAUAUCAGAUUCACACAGGAUUACAGCAUCAGAUUAUAUGGCCGUGCCAGCCUCAUUGUCAUCCCCUUGAAGACAAACUUCUGCCUGAGCUGCUAAAGGAAAGGGGGUAUGCCACCCACAUGGUGGGGAAGUGGCACCUUGGCAUGUAUAAAACUGACUGCCUGCCAACCCGAAGAGGCUUUGACUCUUACUUUGGAUAUUGGACAGGAGGUGAAGAUUACUAUAGUCAUGAAAGAUGUUACCCUAUUACACCCCUGAAUAUAACCAGAUGUGCUCUGGACUUCCGAGAUGGAGAGGUUCCUGCCACCGGCUACCAAAUGAAAUACUCAACCCACGUAUUUACAGAUCGAGCUGUGGAUCUCAUAGCGAAUCAUAAUCCUGAAAAGCCUUUAUUUCUCUACCUGGCUUACCAAGCAGUACAUUCCCCUCUUCAAGUUCCUGAGCAAUACAUUGAACCUUACAUCUCCAUCCAUGACAAGAACAGGCGGCUGUAUGCAGGAAUGGUGUCUGUUUUGGAUGAGGCAGUGGCAAAUGUAACAAAUGCUCUAAAAAAGCAAGGGCUAUGGAACAACACAGUCUUUAUCUUCUCUACAGAUAAUGGUGGGCAGACUUUGUCAGGUGGAAACAACUGGCCUCUGCGAGGAAGAAAGUGGACCCUCUGGGAAGGAGGAGUACGUGGAGUGGGAUUUGUUACAAGUGCCUUGUUAAAACAGAAGGGGGUCACUAGCAAAGAACUAAUUCAUAUUUCAGAUUGGCUUCCUACCCUAGUGAACCUUGCUGGAGGAUCUACCAACAGCACCAAGCCUCUGGAUGGGUUUGAUGUGUGGAAGACUAUCAGUGAAGGAAGCCCUUCUCCCAGAGUGGAACUGCUUCAUAAUAUUGACUCGCUCUUUGAAGAUUCGUAUCCCUGCUCUGUGGGACCCAACACCAGAGACCUAGGACCCAAUCCUGCUGCUACUGAAUGGCAAGAUUCCCUGUUUAAUGUGUCUAUCCACGCUGCUAUACGACAUGGGAACUGGAAGUUGCUGACUGGAAAUCCAGGGUGCAGUCACUGGUUUCCACCACCACCAAAAGACUCAGAAAUUCCAUCCCCCGAUGGCUCCAGUAAAACGCUAUGGCUCUUUGAUAUUGCGCAAGAUCCAGAAGAAAGGUAUGAUUUGUCAGACAAGUAUCCAGAUGUGGUGAAGAUGUUGCUUUCCCGUCUCCAGAACUAUUAUAACAAUUCUGUGCCGAUCGAUUACCCAGACGACGAUCCAAGGUGUGAUCCUGGAGACAAAGGAGUGUGGGGACCGUGGGAAUAGAUAGAAAAUAUAUAUAUAGAUAGAAUAGAUAUACCAUGAAAGUAUGUUUUCAAUGUUCAUGAAGACACUUCAGCCUACAGUGUCUGACAAGGCAUGGUGUUCUUCACCCUAAUGAUUAUGGAAUCUUCACUCAUUGCACCCCACAGCAGAUCUUUUAUAGUCACUCAGGCUAGAAUCAGUUGAAUUUAGGUUGGUGAUGACCUAGGUCCUUCCCAAUUGAAAAGUACCUGACACCUCCCUCCACUGCCGGAUUUAGCUGCAGGUAUCCAGCAAUGGGCUGAGGAGUUUGAUACAAUCACGUUCCAAUUUUGAAUGUACCUUUGGAAUCAAUCAUACCUGGACCUUUGUUGUUAAAAGGCCACUAAUACAAGUAGCACUAUAGAAAUAAAAAGCAUACACACAUACCUUCACCUUCAUUCAGGUUAUUUUCCCUUUGCAUUUGUCUAAUGGAAAUAUUGAGCUACUUAGUGUAUGAUUAUUUCAAAUGCACCAAAUUAAUACUUUUUUGGAUUUGACCAAAUACGUAAUGCUCCAUAAAAGAUUCAACCAAAUGCUGUUUCAUCUUAUGCUGUUUCGUACUAUUGCAUUAUCUUGUGUGCCCAAAACACACCCUUCUCUAUAAAGAGUGAUCUGGAAAGCAAUAAAGAGCAAUAAAGAGCAGGAAGUAAUAAAUCCAAAGUAAAACAAGUGCAAUGAGGUACAUAUCUGUGAAUGCUGCAAUGUGGCCUUUUGAAUACUUUUUUUGUGAUCCUGUACACAAGGCCUGUAGCCACAAUAUGGUUGAUCAGACUUACAAUAAUGUCUUAUGUUAUUAAAUGGAAUCAUAAAGGGAAAUAUGAAAUUGCUCAAUAAUUGAAAAUAAAAUGUUGACUUUU